AGAUCCUAUAAAUGAGUUUGGAAGUUUUAAAUGAACCGGUCGACCAUCAAACAACAGAGACGGAAGCUGAACUUGAACAUUUGGACCAAAGUCGGAAGCUUUGAUCACAAUGUGGUGUGGCGGUUUAUAAAGUCAUUCUUGCCGUUUUGCGAGUCUGUUUUUCUUGAGACUUGAACGCAGUUGUGACCUGACGUCAUCACGACGACAGGCGGGACUACGUCAUGUGACGUGUACUUCCGGUCCGUCAAUGAAGCUCUGGCUAACAGGAGCGGCUCUCUGCAGUUCAGGAUGAUAAAGACGGAGAGGAUUCUACAUCUGAGGAGGUUCCGCGGGAGGAAGGUUCGAGUGGUUCGGGAGCAUUACCUCAGAGAGCGGGUCCCCUGUUUCAGCUCCCUAUGCCAGGCGGACUGUGCUAACGGUGUCAAAGUUCUGCCUGGAGACUUGACCCACUAUGUGAUGCCGGACGCAGACGUGGUGGUCGACUACCUGGAGAUCCUGGAGCUCAAGGAGCUGCAGGGCAUCAUCUUCACCCAGACCGCCUGCCAGGCGCUGCACAGCAAGGGCCGCAGGUUCUAUAAUCGCCUGCGGAGUCUGGUCAAAGAUCCUCGGUUCCACUGUGUGCAGUUUGCCAAUGAAUUUCAGCAGUAUUCCUUCUGUCCCAGAGAGAAGGGGGAGAGCCAGGAGAAGUGGCAGACCAGGUGUGUGUAUUCUGCUGCAGUGUGGUACUACAACCACCUGGCCGGUAUGAUGAACGUGGUGAUGAUCACAGAGGAUGAGGAGGCUGUUGCUCAGUACAGCAGCCUUCACUCAGGAGUUUAUGUCGUCACGGUCCAGGAUUAUUUGCAGAACUUCUGGCCGGAUCUGCAGGCGGCUCAGGAGCUCUACGCCUCCAUUUCUCAGGCGUUGGAGGAGAGGGAGGCUGAGGACUCGCAGAGGGAGUUUCCUGAACAUCUGCCUGCUGAGGUCAUGGAGGCUGGCAUCAAGUCUGGACGCUACAUCCAGGGAACUCUGAGCGUGAACAAACACCGAGCCCAGAGCGAAGCUUUGGUUCAGACGGAGGGCUCGUCCAGCCAGGCCAUGGAUCUGAGCUCGGGGGUGCUGGUGCACGGGGGCAAGAACCGCAACAGAGCCGUGCACGGAGACGUGGUCGUGGUGGAGCUGCUGCCGAGGAGCGAGUGGAGGGGGAGAGCAACGCUUCUGACAGAGGGACAGGGGGACGACAGGAGUCCAGACGACGGCCAGGAAAAGCCCAUGCCAACAGUGAAACCGAUUCCAGUGGAGAAAAGCGCCGAUAUGCAACGCUGCACAGCAGAGAAAUGUGGACACGAUCAAGGCCGGGUGGUGGGGGUCCUGCAGAGGAACUGGAGGGAUUACGUGGUGACGUUCCCCAGCAGGGACGCCUCUCAGUCACAGAGCAGAAGCUGCCAGCGCGUCCUCACCGUGCCCUGGGACCGCCGGAUCCCCAAAAUCCGCAUCAGCACCCAGCAGGCGGAGGCUCUGCAGGACCACAGGGUGGUGGUUCGCCUGGAUUCCUGGGAGAGCACGUCGCUCUAUCCCAACGGCCACAGCGUGAAGGUCCUGGGCCGGGCUGGGGAGCUGGAGACCGAGGUCCAGACCAUCCUGGUGGAGAACUGCAUCCAUGUGCCGCCCUUUUCUGAAGCUCAGAUGAAAGAGAUGCCCCUCAGCUCUCCAGAGAAGCCGUGGAGGGUGGACCCCGCCGAGGUGGCGAGGAGGCGGGACCUCAGGGACUCUCACCUGGUGUUCAGCAUCGACCCUCUGGGCUGUGAGGACGUGGACGACACGCUGUCGGUGCGCAGCCUCGCCGGCGGGACGCUGUUGGAGCUGGGCGUGCACAUCGCUGACGUCACCCACUUCGUCCCCGAGGGCUCGCUCACCGACCUGGAGGCACGCACCCGAGCCACCACCUACUACCUGGCAGACCGCCGCUACGACAUGCUGCCGGCCGUUCUGAGCGCCGACCUGUGCUCGCUGCUGGGGGGAGUGGACAGGUACGCCAUGAGCGUCUUGUGGGAGUUGGAUGCUGGGAGCCUGGCCGUCAGAAGGGUGUGGUUCGGGCGCACCGUCAUCCGCUCCUCCUACCAGCUCCACUAUGAGCUGGCCCAGGCGCUGCUGAACGGAGAGGAGGUCCGGGUGCCGGAGCUGGAGCGCUUCUGCCCCGAGGAGAAGGACCUGAAGCUGGCCCAGCUCAUCCAGGCGCUGGAGAUGCUGACGCGGGUCAGCAGGCACCUGCGGCUGCAGCGGGACAGAGGCGGAGCUCUGGAGCUGGAGGGGGUGGAGGUCCGAGCCCAGCUGGACAAAGACAAGAACAUCACGGCGCUGGUUCCCCGCCAGCCCUUGGAGGUCCACGAGACGGUGGCAGAGUGCAUGAUUUACGCCAACCACUGGGUGGCGCGGAAAAUUCAGGAGUCCUUCCCAAACCGAGCCCUGCUGAGGCGUCACCCGCCGCCCCGGCUGGAGCUGUUCAGCCAGCUGGUGGACACGGCCAAGGCGAUGGGGUUCAGCGUGGACACCAGGACCAACAAGGCUUUAGCCGACUCUCUGGACCGGGCUGUGGACCCGCAGGACCCCAUGGUGAACAGGCUGCUCAGAAUGAUGGCCACUCGGGCCAUGUCCCAGGCCCUUUACUUCUCCACCGGUUCCCAGCCGCAGGACCAGUACUAUCAUUACGGUAUGGUGACCACAGCCUCCUUCAGGCUCCUUCAUGCAUUCCCAGACCAAGGAUCCAUCUUUGAUCUGAUUCCACAAACACCAGCUGGACGCCUGCUGAUGACGUCACCCACAACUGGACGUCGUUUCCAUUGUAGUUCAGUGGACCAUGUCCAGUUCAAACACACAAACGUUUUCUGUGAAUGCGAGUUUCUUUGUUAUCACAAAUCUCAUUUGCAGUUUCAUGGUCCAGCUGCUGCUGCAGCUGCAGUUUGUUUUAGUGCUGCAGUGAGUUCUGAAAAGUUCUGCUUCUGCCUCUCAGGUCUGGCUUUGGACCGUUACACGCACUUCACCUCGCCCAUCCGUCGCUACGCAGACAUGGUGGUUCAUCGCCUUUUAACUGCAGCCCUGGAGCUGGAGCAGGGGGCGGGGCCUGCUGGAAUCCUGGCCACCAACAGGGAGCUGGAGGAACUGGCUCAGCACAUCAACAACAAGAACUGGACGGCCCAGAGAGCCCAGAGCGCGUCCACCGGCCUCUUCCAGUGCCUCUUCUUCAGGGACAGAGACCCGCAGACCGACCUGCGCUGUGUGGCGGACGCCAUCAUCUACGCCAUCCGAGACAAUGGCGUGUUGGUGUUUGUCCCCGAGUACGGCAUCAAGGGUCCCGUGUACCUGAGGAACAAAGAGGGCCAGGUGGUGUCGGCAGAAGCGGGCGGCAGCUGUAAGUGGCAGGGCGGCAAAGUGCGGCGGUACCCCAGCUACAUCACCACCACCACGGCGGGCGGAUGCAGCGCCACCUUCAGGCUAAUGAGCCACAUCACUGUCCGUAUUUCGGUCCGGUCCUCCAGCUGCCACUCCGACACUCUGGUCCUGGAGGUCAUCAGCAAUCAGCCCCACCGCGGCUCCGGGCCCCCGGCCUCGCAGGGCCACCGGCAGCUGGUCCAGGAGGUGGUCCGGCUGGCUGAGAGCGCCCAGCAGACGGCGGCGCCCACGCACAAACUGUCCCGGCAGGAGCGGGACUUCCUGCAGAGCAGAACUCCAAACCUGUACUCCAUCCUGGAGGAGAUUCGUGAGCUGGCCCUGAUGGACCUGGACGCUCUGUCCCAAGCCUCUGAGCAGACGGUUCUGACGGUCCCUGACCCGUUACCAUGACGUCACAGACAACCGGUUUUUAACGGAUUUUUAUGAUGAGACAUGUAAAAGCAUUAAAACUGGAUUUAGAAUAAACGUGUUUUUAUCUGA